AUGCUUUUCCAAUCAACACACAGCGUGGCGAUCGCCUUCCUCGCGACGACGGUCGCAUCAUUCCCGGCAGUAAACUGGUAUACGGGAAGGACUUCCAUCGCACGACCAGAACUUCUCGCGUACCCACACAACAGCGGACGGCAAAUCCCCCUCUCGCCUGCGAGGACCACAGAGUGCUUCGUGAAGCCCCAGAGAAACAGCAGCGACGAUGCGCCCGCAAUCCUGCAGGCCUUCAAAGACUGCAACGGCGGCGGCACCGUCGUUCUGGACGCCAACUACACCAUCGCCACCGCUCUGGACCUGACGUUCCUGGACAGCGUCGACGUGGCGCUCUCCGGCACCAUCAAGUUCGGCGGCACCAUCGACUACUGGAUCGCCAACGCGUUCCAGUAUGACUUCCAGGACUCGAGGGCGUACUGGAAGAUCGGUGGGAAAGACGUCAAUAUCUUUGGCGGGGGUGUGGGCCUGAUUGAUGGUAAUGGCCAGCCGUGGUGGGACGCGUUUGCGAAAAACGACUCCCUGUUGCGCCCGAUUGCUGUUGUGAUAGAUGGACUUGAGGGCGGUUCCAUGACUGGCAUCCGCAUGAUCGAUCCACCUAACUGGUUCAACCUCAUCGCCAACAGCUCCGAUAUACUGGUCAGCGACAUGGUACUCUCAGCCAAGUCAUCCAACGAGAACGAAAUCCACAACACCGACGGUUGGGACACGUACCGAUCGGACCACGUAGUAAUCCAGAACUCGGUGAUCGACAACAACGAUGACUGCGUCUCGUUCAAGCCCAACAGCACCAACAUGGUCGUACAGGGUCUGGCCUGCAACGGGUCUCACGGCAUCUCCGUGGGCUCUCUUGGCCAGUACAUUGACCAGUACGACAUUGUCGAGAACAUCUACGUCUACAACAACACCAUGUCCAACGCAUCGGAUGCGGCGCGGAUCAAGGUGUGGCCCGGUAUUAAUUCCGUGCUCCAGCCCACGCUGUCGGGAGGUGGUGGCUCUGGAUAUGUCAAGAACAUCACCUACGAGAAGUACGAGAGUAUCAACAAUGACUGGGCCAUCGAGGUCAACCAAUGCUACGGUCAAUCGAACACGACUCUAUGCGAACUAUAUCCAUCAAACAUGACAAUCUCCGACAUCUACUUCAUCGACAUGUGGGGAACGACAUCCGAUGCGCACGACCCAGACGUUGGAACGCUCGUAUGCUCCUCGCCAGAACAAUGCUACAACUUCCAUGCCAGAAACAUAUCCAUCACGUCCCCGAGCGGCAGCUCGCAGUUUAUAUGUGCCAAUUUCGAUACAAGUGAUCUGGAGGGAGUGGACUGUUUGUCGGAUGACUAA